CAGCAACAGAUGAAAAAGACUUCAUUUUUCACGCGCUUUACAGCUUAACACAGAUUCUCUUCUUCUUCCAUCCCAUGUUUAUAGCGAGAGACACACUGAGUCAUAAGUCACAACUCAGCCAACGACCCCGCUCUCUCUCUCUCUGUCUCUCUCUCUCACCGUGCUGUCUCUGGUUUCCUAGUGCCCCGUCCAAGGUUCUUGGAACAAAUGGCCUUGGUAACAACUGCUGAAGUUUGCGACGCACACUCGCAGCUAAUUGGAAGUGGUGAUCUACGGGUGCUUGAGCCAAUAUUUCAGAUAUAUGGCAGGCGACAGGUCUUCUCAGGACAAAUAGUUACCUUAAAGGUAUUUGAAGACAACGUUCUGGUUCGUGGGUUUCUCGAGGAGAAAGGCAAUGGCAGAGUUCUUGUUGUGGAUGGGGGUGGAAGCAAGCGGUGUGCAAUAUUGGGGGGCAACCCUGUAGUUCAAGCUCAGAAUAAUGGAUGGGCAGGUAUAGUGGUGAAUGGCUGUAUAAGAGAUGUUGAUGAGAUUAAUGGUUGUGACAUUGGUGUGAGAGCUCUAGCGUCCCAUCCCAUGAAAGCCAAUAAGAAAGGGAUUGGAGAGAAACAGGUACCAAUUACCAUCGCUGGGACAAGGAUCUGCGAUGGGGAAUGGCUUUAUGCAGACACCGAUGGAAUUCUGAUUUCUCGUACCGAGUUAUCUGUAUAAGAGAUGGCUUAGGAAGGAAAACCGUGGUAUACAAGGAGCCUCUUGCAUCCAACCACUCACCUACUCAUCAUGUGAUUUAUUGUAAGAGAGCUGUUGUUGUACCAUGGUUACAGGAAGAUUUUCUCCUUUGGAAGACAAGUCUUUGCAGCAUAAAAAUGUAUUGUCUUUGUUUAGUUGCUCCGAUGUUGUACCUUGUUUACCCUGCCGUGCUCAUUUUCCAACUUUCGAUUGUAUUAAUCCACAUUCCAUGAUAUUAAACCGUUAACUAUGCUUUUGGUUUCCCUUCUC